CAAUAUACUACCUACCUAACUCAUCGUUAUCCUACCACAUAAGACAAACAUAUCACGUGCUUUAGGUUUUUUUUGUGAUGGGAAAAUUUAUUAGCUCGAUCUUAACUCUCCGUCUGUAUCGCUUUACCAUCGUAAUUCGGAUUUGCUUCAACGACUAACACGGCAUAGAAGAUAGGUAUGCUGCCGACGCCCGAUACCUCACACGUGGCGUACGAGAGGGUAUACGAGCCAGCGGAAGACUCCUUCCUACUGCUAGACACGCUCUCCUCCGCCUCCGAGACAGCAUUCCUCCAGACCCGUUUCGGAGACGGCCAUGUCCCGCUAGUAGUCGAGGUAGGCCCCGGCUCCGGCGUAGUCAUCGCCUUCGUCCACGCACAAGCGCAAGCACUCUUCGGAUCGCGGGACGUCUUGACAGCAGCCGUCGACGUCAACGGGCACGCGUGCAAGGCGACGGGCGAGACGGCGAGAAAAGCCGCCGCAGAAAACGCCGCGACGCACGGGUCCUUCCUCGGCGCGGUCCAGGGGGACCUGGUUGCGCCGCUCAGGGACCAGGUGGUAGACGUCUUGAUUUUCAACCCGCCGUACGUGCCGACGCCCCAGCUGCCGGACUUGCCGCAUCAUCAUCAUCUAGGCGCGGCGACGCCGACGUUCGACGACGACUCGUAUAUGCUCGAGCUGUCGUACGCGGGCGGCAGAGACGGGAUGGAAACGACGGAUCGGCUGAUUCGUAGCUUGCCGCGGGUACUUUCCCGCAGGGGGUGCGCGUACGUCCUGCUGUGCGCGCAGAACAAGCCGGACGACGUCAAGCAGCGGAUCCUAGGCCUCGGGGAGGCGUGGAAGGUUGCGACGGUGGGGACUAGUGGGAAGCAGGCCGGGUGGGAGAAGCUGCAGAUUAUCAGGAUCUGGGUAGAGUAGGCUUGUUAACAGACACGUGGGAGAGGGGGAUAUUUGGUUUUUGGUUGCCAAUGGGACUUUAUAUUUGUUUGGCUCUCGUGAGCUUUCAGCUAGCUCCUCAUGAAAGAAGUAAAGAAUUAAGUAGUGUUGCAAAGGAGCCAUACCAGCUUUUGCCAUUCUUUCAUGGUUGUGUCUGUGUGUUGUGUUUUCAUUUGCCUACCCCCCAACGCCGUAGAAGU